AUGCUUCUUUUAAAACACUCUCAAGAUAAAUUACAAACCGUAUACAAUUUUCAGGUGUUAAACUUCUGCCCGAAAGAUAUGAAAGCUGACAUAUGCGUCCAUCUCAACCGGAAGGUUUUCAACGAACAUCCCGCCUUUCGGUUGGCGUCUGAUGGUUGUUUAAGGGCCUUGGCGAUGCAUUUUACAAUGUCCCAUUCCGCCCCUGGAGAUCUACUCUAUCAUACUGGGGAAUCGAUAGAUUCUUUGUGCUUCAUUGUCACCGGAUCGUUGGAAGUUAUACAAGAUGAUGAAGUCGUAGCUAUUUUGGAAGUGUUAGAUUUUUACCAAGCCUUCGCCAACAGUUUCGCCCGUAAUCUAAUCCUCACCUACAAUUUAAGGCAUCGCUUGAUAUUUCGGAAAGUGGCGGACGUGAAACGCGAAAAAGAACUCGCUGAAAGGCGGAAAAACGAACCGCAGCUAGACCAAAAUCAAGAUCAUUUAGUUAGGAAGAUAUUUUCGAAGUUUCGAAGGGAUAGGAGCCAGCAUGCACCAGCGCCUACUAUCACGCCGUCGGAUAUCGAGAAAGGAGAUGAAGCCAACGAUAAAAAUAUGUCGAGGGUAAUGUCGACGACGAAGUUGUCCGCGGUCGCUGAGAAAGACGAUAGUAGUGGUGGCGGAGUAAAAACUACUGUUGCACGACCGACUGCACCGAGAGCCAGCAAAUGGGGACGACUACUAGGCUCGGCCAGCUUAGACUCUGGCUCAGAAACCUCCACGGCCCCACAAGCUUUCACCAGAAGUCUGAGCGCCAAAGAUCCCAAAGAACGUCCGAGUUCAUCAUCAUCCGGCAGUUCCGGCAGCCAACUCACUCCGGGCUCCGGAAACAAAAUUUUCCCGAAGCUCCAAAAGGUUUCGGCGGCGUCCAGUCCGGGUAUCAUCAGACAGGACACCAUCGACGAAAUGGGGGAGGUGGAUCCGCCGCAUUCGCGGAAUUUGUCGUUAAGGAAGAUGCAAAGCUACGAUUGCGGCUUGCGAGACCCGUCGAUUGCCUCAAUGUAUCAAACAGCCGUCCCAGAAGCUAUCGCGCCCGUAGAGUAUAAGGAGCUCAUGACUAACCUCAUGGAUUUUAAAGUAGACGUAAAACUAGAAAUUCAAAAGGUGAAUCAGAAAGUCAAUCGUAUCGAAGAAAUGAUAACCGAGAUUCUAAAAAGAUUGGGACCAGACAGCGGUUCGAGUUCCCAAUCACCAAACGAGACCGAGUCCAAAAAGUCUUCCAAUUCGCCACCCGAAAGGCCUACGGACCUCCUGCCGAGAUCGACAGAGGGCACUGGUCUAGGGUCUGUCAUACUCAAAAAACGAAGAUCGAAAACGAGAAUCAAGGGAUCUGCCCCUCAGGUCCCUACACCUUCUAGCGGCAAGAUGACGUCACCGGAUAGUGCCGCAACAAGCCCAACGGAAACCACGAAAAUGUUAGACGAACCUGUACAAACCCCGUCCUCGCGAAAAUCAAAGGACUUUCUUUAA